UCCCUUCCUCCCCUAAAUGCCAGCCAUGAUCGAGAAGGGCCCGGAGGUCUCGGGGAAACGGCGGGGCAGGAACCACAACGCCGCCGGGGCGAAUAAUAACAACAACGGCGGCAGUAAAAGUUUAUCCGCCGCCCCCAACGGCAACAGCAGCGGGAACUCCUGGGAGGAGGGGAGCUCGGGGUCCUCCAGCGAUGAGGAGCACGCUGGCGGCGGAAUGAGGGUCGGGCCGCAGUACCAGGCGGUGGUCCCUGAUUUCGACCCCGCCAAACUUGCAAGGAGAAGUCAGGAGAGAGAAAAUCUUGGCAUGCUGGUCUGGUCACCUAACCAGAAUCUGUCUGAAGCAAAAUUGGACGAAUAUAUUGCCAUUGCUAAAGAGAAGCAUGGAUACAAUAUGGAGCAGGCCCUUGGGAUGCUGUUUUGGCACAAGCACAACAUCGAGAAGUCUUUGGCAGAUCUGCCAAACUUUACUCCGUUCCCAGAUGAGUGGACAGUGGAAGACAAGGUCUUGUUUGAACAGGCCUUCAGUUUCCAUGGGAAAACUUUUCACAGGAUCCAGCAAAUGCUUCCUGACAAAUCAAUAGCCAGCCUGGUGAAAUUUUACUACUCCUGGAAGAAGACAAGGACUAAAACUAGUGUGAUGGACCGUCAUGCUCGUAAACAAAAAAGGGAACGUGAGGAAAGUGAGGAUGAAAUGGAGGAAGCAAAUGGAAAUAACCCUAUUGACAUUGAAGUUGAACAAAACAAGGAAAGCAAAAAGGAGGUGCCACCUGCUGAAACUGUCCCUCAGGUGAAGAAGGAGAAGCACAGUACGCAGGCCAAAAACAGAGCGAAGAGGAAACCUCCCAAAGGAAUGUUCCUUUCCCAGGAAGAUGUGGAGGCUGUUUCUGCCAACGCGACAGCUGCUACCACUGUACUCAGACAACUGGACAUGGAAUUAGUCUCAAUCAAACGACAGAUUCAGAAUAUCAAACAGACAAACAGCGCGCUCAAAGAAAAACUUGAAGGUGGUAUAGAACAAUACAGACUUCCAGAGGUCGUCCAGAAAUUUAAUGCACGUUGGACCACAGAUGAGCAGCUUCUUGCUGUGCAAGCAAUCAGAAAAUACGGCCGAGACUUUCAGGCAAUCUCUGAUGUGAUUGGAAACAAAUCUGUGGUGCAAGUGAAAAACUUUUUUGUAAAUUAUCGACGUCGUUUCAACAUAGAUGAAGUCCUACAGGAGUGGGAGGCAGAGCACGGCAAAGAGGAGACAAAUGGAACCAAUAGCCAGAAGCCUGUAAAAUCCCCUGAUAAUUCCACUAAGAUGUCCGAAGAGGAAGAUGAGGCUACUUCUGUUCUUGAUGUCAGAUAUGCAUCUGCUUCGUGAGAAGGUGCUGUAGCCUAGAACAAUUUGUGUUGACUACUGUGUUAUCCAGGAUAUCAGGUAUUAGCAAACCUCAGACAGCCAUCUGCAUCAUAUCUGUGGACAAGCAGCUAUUACCAAAAAAAAAAAAGGCAAACGCUUCCAGUCCUGUGCUACAUCUGCCUUAAUCUCCCCUCAUUCCUCCAUACUGCCUCCACUUUCUUUCAAAAGCACCCAGGUAGCUCAGCUCUCCAUUUCAUCAGCAUCAUGCUUAAGCAUGGGGACUUCUAGAACCAGUAACACCUGUCUAUAAAUUUUUGACCAACCUGCAAAACAAGGAGCUCCUUAGCAGCCCCACAGUAACUCUACACAUUAGGAGUUCUUGUAAUACUUGGUCCAUAGGGUAUAAGUAUGUAUUGCUGCAUGGCCUUGUGGUCUCCGCUUCCUGUGUAUUCUUACGAUGACACUAUUAUUAGUGAGCUUUCUAUAAAGGAGAGGCCCUGUGCACAUGCCAGCAGUGUCAGGUUUGCUCUGCCGUGACAGGACAUGUUAACAAGCAAUCUUGAAUAAUGCAGAGUGAUAGGAAAAGUGAUUUCUAAGGUUUGGUCAGUCCAAGGUUGUAGAUGUAACUCAUUACACUUCUGGUUUGUGCAAUUCCUUCCACUGUAUUUGUGUGUUCUUGCUUCAUAGAAAGCUCCCUAAUUGAGCAUUUUAUUCCUGUAUAUUUUAAUGGCUUUUAUUUAGUGCAAAAGGGAAUACGUAACCUGAAACUGUUUGAUACGCUAUUUAACCCCUGGCAUUCAGCAUUUGCAUUGUAACUUGUUAAAUGAGUGCUACACAACUUUCUUUUUCCUGAUCCUCUGUGGGAUUAAGUCAAAACAAACUUUCUCUGGUGCCUCUCCUUUGGGGAAUAUGUGCCUUUUUACAUUUGGCUACCAUAGGUCACUUUCUGUCCCAGUGUCUCAUUUCUCUUCAGAGCGCUGUUUGCCAAAGACAUCAAACUGCUUCUCCCACUGGAAGUCUGGACGAGGGUUGGAGCACAAAAUUCAACCUUCAGGAGUUUUUGGUCACUUGGAAGUUUAAUGGAGAAGAACCAGGUUAAUUUUCAUUGGCCAUUUUAACCCUUCUGAAGCACAUAUCGCUUUCAUGUUCUGAACCAAAAUAUGCAAUUUAAAAUCUAAGAGGUGCUUUUCCAAAUACUUGGUGCAUGCAGCUUUCAAAUCCCAGCCCUCUGCUCGGAUGACCUGUGCUGUGGCCUAUCUACCUGGCCUGAACUGGAGCUGUUCUUGGAAGUCCUUUGUGAGGACUUUGCACCUUGAACAAGGUAGUUGCUGACUGCCGAGCAGACAGUGUUCAGAGAAGCUAGAAGCAGCAUUAUUACUUCUUGUCCAGUGGAAAGCUGCAAAAUAACACUAGUCACAAAGCAUUUAAAAAUGGUUAAUUUAAUGAUGGUGAAAGAAACCACCAGGUGUCUUUGCAGGUGGAAAAAAGGACCUUCUUUGCCCCUCUUCCUCUGCAGAGGGUUUAAGUCAAGAUGGCACACAGUGAUGGACAGCACUGGCCUUUCUUAACACAACCUGAAAUGAGCUAGUUGGUGGCCUGGCCUGCAGCUGAGGUGCUGCAGCUCAUAGUUGAGCCCCGUCCUUGGUGCUGAUGUAGCUGCUGGGCUGUGCCAUGUUGUGUGCUGUAGUGGCUCUGCUCUCUGUACCUGAGCGAGGCAGGCUGAUUAGCUGGGUAAUAGAGCCAGCUCUGUGCACCUCCUGCAGUGUGGACACAGCCCAAGGAAAACCCUUCCCCUUGGGCCUCGUGUGAGGACAGUAAUUCAGCAUCAGACACUGAGCAACGACACACAGGCACAGAGCAGGUAGGGAUUUCCUAGGGCAAGCUGGAGCCCAAAAAGGGCCUGUUUCAGAAACUUGGCAGCUGUUUCUGAGCAGGUCCAUUCUAGUAGCUCCAGAGAGAUCCUACGAGGUGAUGGGAGGAUGGAAGGGAGCUAUUCCCUAUCCUUUGUAUUGAUGUUUGUGUCUCUACAGCUGUCGCUGUGAACUGGCAGCUCUGAUCAUGGUUCAGAUGUUCCUUCAGACCUGUGCCAGUUGGAGUUGGGAGUCUCCUGUGGGAAAGGAUGCUAGUAGUUAGCCAGUGUGUGAAUUAGGAUUAAAGACCGGGCAAAUAGCACUGUGAAUCCAGUUGACAGUUGUGUAAAGCAAUGCUGCUCGUUAGAAACACUCUAGUAUUAAACCUCCUGCUGGUACCAAUGCACGGAGACAGGUCCUCGCCAGUGUGGGAAUGUUGUGGGAACCUGCAUCCCAGCUGGGAGGACUCGUCAGGAGAGGCUUCUGCUGGAGAGUUAGUUACCUGUGAGGACUUUCCAUUGGUUCUUGCCCUCAAAUCUGUCCAUCUUAUGAUCAGAAAAGUUGUGUUUUGGCUUCAUCCCCAAGGGGUAGGGGGAAACAUGUAUAAUUCGUGCUAUUAGGAAGAAAAAAGUUGUUUAAUUACUUUUCAGUUGACUGCUAUCUUAUUGUAGUUGAUACAUGCAAUAUAAUAGCACUGUAUUUUAAACGUUUAGUUUUUUACGUUCUCUUGAACUAUGUUUUUAAAUGCGAUGAAAUCAUUUUAGCUUUUGAAAUGGUUUGAUCUUGUUUAGGUGAAGACCCUCUUUUUCUUUUUUUAAAUGGGUCAAGCAUUAGAAACAUCAACUGGUUGCAUUCUGACUAGAAGGGUCCACAAAGAUAACUGCAUAAGAUAGAAUAUUCACUUAAAUUUUGUUUCUUAAACUAUCAAUGUGAAUGUCAUAAUUAUAUAUAUUUUGUGGAAAACGGGAAAUUAUUUCUCCUAAGUAUAAGUUAUUGUGCAAAAUAUGGUAUCGUUAAAGAAAAUGAUAGUUUAAGUUUUAGUUUUAGAAAUCUUAAAGAUAUAAAAGUGUAUUGCAUACGCAUAAACAAAUUUCAUUUGUUCUAUUUAAUUUUUAUGUAGUUGUGUAAAGUGCUAGGUAACUUCUUUUUUUCACUUAUCCAUUAAAACAACCUUGUUACUUGAAUAUUCGUGUUUAACUGGUUUGAAACAGUGAUCAAUUUUUGUAAUAUAAUCUUAUAACCAAGGGAAAAAAAAAAAACCACGCCUCAGUUGUGCUUAACAGUAUAGCAACAAUGUACAAUCAGAUGCUUAAGACCAUAGUAGCCAUAACUGGUAAUGCAACCACAAUGGUUGUGUCUCGAAAUAUUUAAUACCAAUGGGGAUAAUGAUUUCUUAAUAUAUUUUUACAAGUUUGCAACCAAGAAGACCCCAUGAAUAUCCACUAGAACACUUUUUUAAUAGUUAAAAGUAAGAGUGAAACUCUUACUCUCUUAAAGCAAUGUCCUGACAAACAUUUUUCUUUCCUGUACAAAUACAUCAGAAACAUUAUGUAUUAAAAUAUGCUCAUUGUCACUUUAAAUUUCAGUUUUUAUUCUCUGAAAUCGCUAAUAUGCUGUUGGUAUUCUUGCACACCAAAUAUGAGCCAAACAGUGCAUUACACUAACUCGAUCACUGGAUUUGUGAACAAAAAUCUCCAAGUCAACGAAACGCAAAAAUACCGUAGGAGAUUUCUUUUGAUAAUGCGUGGUUUUCCAAUUGGUAUAAAGUUGUGCACAGCCCAUUCAACGAUGAGUGGUCUGAUACUUACUCUCUGAAAAAAAAAAAAGAGAAAAAUGAUUUUAUUAGCUCCAGCUUGUCUUCAACAAGUAAAAAUCUAGUGAUCUUGUGCAAUGCCCCUAAAGCAAAUACUUUCUGCCACUCCCUGGAUUAAUGCAGCUUUUCCUGUUGAUAGUAAAGCACAAUUGCAGUGAAAGUUACAGUUCAGAAGAUGGAAGGUCAGUAUAGUCUAUGCAUGUUGUAUAAUAAUGAGUGUUUACAUUCAUAUUCUCCUAAAAUAAGAUUUAUACUGGAGUGUAUAGUAUUCCAUUAUGUAGAUUUUAUCAAUUUUGUUAACUGCUUAUAGAUUGCUUAAAAGAAGUUUUUUCAAGAUUUUAAAAGAUGUAUAAGGUUAAGUUUGCAAAUAUAAUGGAAAUGCUGUAUAGCUUUUGAAGUGAUGAAAUACUCGUUGGGAUUUUAAAGAAAGUAUGUUGUAAUAAUGCUGUUGUAAGUAAUAUUUUAAAUGUCUUUUUUGCCUGUUUUCUAUUAUUCAGCACACUUACUGUGAUGAAUGUUCAUAGCAUUAUAAAAUUGCUUAGCCACUGAAAAGUAACAUUUGGUUUUGGAUUAUUUUACUGUAUGAGGAAUUAUAGUGGGGUAAAUUCCUUUGUGAAAUUCUACAUAAUUCAUUUUUCUAUGAUUUCCAAUGUUUGCUGACAUCAAAUAAAAAUUUUUCAAGCCAUUGAUGUAAUAAAAUGUGUAGUAAAAUGUUA